CCCCCCCCAUUCCCGGCUGGCGGCUGCGGGAGCAGCGGGAAGAGGAGGAGGAGGAGGAGGAGCGGGAGAGGGAGAGCUGCUGUACCGGCACAGGGGCCGCCGCCGCCCGACCAGCCGCAGAGCUCUGGAAUGCUGUGAAGAUUCCCUGCCCAGGCACACUCCUCUCCGGAUUAUCUCCAUCCCAAGGAAGCUCGUAUCCAAGAGAGUUCCCGGUCUUCCACCAUGAAUCCUGUUUACAGCCCCGUCCAACCUGGGGCUCCCUACGGAAACCCGAAGAACAUGGCCUAUACAGGUUAUCCGACAGGCUAUCCCACCGCUGCCCCAGCCUACAAUCCCAACAUGUAUCCAACCAGCAGCCCUGGCUACGCCCCAGCCACACUUCUGAUGAAGCAGGCCUGGCCCCAGACCUCCUCGUCCUGUGCCACCGAGGGCACCUUCCACCUCCCGGUGGACACCGGCACCGAGAACAGAACCUACCAGGCUUCUUCUGCAGCAUUCAGGUACACUGCGGGGACUCCCUACAAGGUGCCACCGACCCAGAGUAACAACGCCCCUCCUCCCUACUCGCCGUCCCCGAACCCGUACCAAACCGCGAUGUACCCCAUCAGAAGUGCCUACCCACAGCAGAACCUGUACACCCAGGGAGCUUAUUACACCCAGCCCGUGUACGCGGCCCAGCCUCACGUCAUCCACCACACCACGGUGGUGCAGCCCAACAGCAUCCCCUCGGCCAUCUACCCGGCCCCGGUGGCCGCGCCCCGCACCAACGGCGUGGCCAUGGGCAUGGUCGCCGGCACCACCAUGGCAAUGUCCGCAGGAACCUUGUUGACCACCCCCCAACACACUGCCAUCGGAGCACAUCCAGUGUCCGUGCCAACGUACAGGGCUCAAGGAACCCCCACCUACAGCUACGUACCUCCACACUGGUAAACCACUGGCCAAUCCAUAUCCGGAGUCAAACAUUGUAUGCAACUACACAAGUCUUACAUCGGUGCUGCAGCCGCUGGGCCGCAGCGCCUCGUCUGUUUGCAAGAACAAAAGAAAAAAAAAAAGUGCAAGGGUCACUUUAUGCAUUCUUUAGUGGUUUUUGUAAAAGCUGCUUUUUCUAAUCUUCUGCCUCUUUUUUUCCCCUUCCCCGCCCCCGUCCCCCACAUGAAUUGUGUAACACACAUACUGACACUGAGCAAUAGUCAAGUUCUCUCUUCGGUCCUAUCAUUUGAAAGCUCAGAAUCUUCACUUUUCCAGCAUUGCCCAGCUGAGUGGUGCAAAGAUCCCCCCACUUCUUGUUCGUUUGGGUUCUUUCUGUUAUUUUUCUGUUGUCGUUGUUGUUGACAAGAGCCUAGAUUUUUUUGGCUAGUAAGAGUGGUUGAUGUUCAGGGUACUAUGUGAAAAGCACAGCACUGGUAGGCAGGCUUAUUCCGAUUUGGUUUGGGUAUUUUUAGUUGGAGAAUAUAAAUUAUUCAAUCUUCCAUAACAUAUUACAAGAAAAUUGGUGUCUUCCAGAUAGCUGUCGUGAUAGAUUAUAAAUGCAUUAUCUGCAGUGGAA